AUGUUGUCUUUCGUGCUGAUCCUCCUGGUGAAGGUGGUCUUGGGCCUCCUCAUGCUCAUCAUGUUCUCUACGGUGUUGGCAGUGCGACUUGGUGGAUUGCGCGCCAGGCUGUCGCCGAGUGCUGGCUCAAAGAUCCUGCUGCUCCUGCUGCUGGUCGCGUGUCUGUCCGCCCUCAGCGCGACCUCCUUUGCGAAGACGGUCGUCCAGAUGGCCUUCGAGGUGCCUCGUUCACUUUCCCUGCCAACAGCUACCGUGCCCCCGAUUGGAGUGGUCGACGUACUGGACUAUGUUCUUCGUUUUUAUCGGCAAGGAGGUCUGUCCGUGAUGCACUGCGCCGUCGGUGGCAGCUAG